CUAAUCACACCAGCCUGAGAAGCAAACAGCUUUAUCACUCAGAACUACUUUACUUAUUACAGAAUCUUUGUUUUAAUCUAGCUUUAUUUCAUUUAAUCUAGCAGUUAAUUCAGUGAGUGAUUCAGUGAAAGUGAGUCAGUAAGAGUGAGUCAGUGAUUUAGUCAGAGUGAUUCAGUGAGAGCAGAAGCGGAACCAUGCUGAGACACUGCGGAUUUUGCGGGUCCAGGGGAAUUUUUCAGAGUCGGACCGACUUCCUGCACAGCGAGGCCGGCAUGUCUGUCGUUCGACGAGCCGCUGCGCUCCUCACAUUAUCCAGGGGAGCGACGACCGCCCUCUGCAGCAACCGGAAAUCUGCCCGCCAGCUGCUGCGCAUGCCUGCAUCCUCAAAAACGCACGCCGCUGGGUUCAGCAUCGCCAGCACACUCUGCUCCGUGCCCUUCAUACAGCACAACGAAAACCUUUCUCACGAGUCGCUAAUCCGCCGGGCAUCCUGCCUGCUCACCGACAGCGCCAACACCUACCUGUCGCAGACCACGCUGGCCCUCUCCGACGCCCUCACCCUCUACACCACAGCUCUGCACACUCUGAUCGCUCUGCAGAAGCGAUAUCUGAACUCUAUAGGGAAGCUCACGCCUGCAGAGGAGGACAGUAUCUGGCAGGUGAUCAUCGGUCAGAGAGUUGAGGUGAGCGAGCGGCUGGAUGAAUGUACGCGCUUCGAGUCGAGUUGGGUGACCGCGGUCGGGCUGUGUGAGCUGGCGGUGGAGGCAGCGUAUAACUCAGGGGCAGAACAUGCGUCCAUGGCACUGAAGAACGGCCUGCAGGUGGCGCAGUCGAAGGUACAGGAGAUGCGGGAGCUGCGGGCGGUGGCAGAGAAGAGCCUGGCGGAGAUUAAAGCCGAGGAGAUCCAGCGCAUGGCAGAGUAUGCGUCCAGCAUCAAGCGGCAAGACCUGGAGGACAUUCCCGAGGCCUACCUCCGCGAGGACUGAGCAGCAGAACCGGGACAGAGAGGAGAACCUCAGGAAGAACUGAACUGAGAACUAAGCUCUCUUCACUCUGAGAGCAUCAUCGAGGAUCGCAGCAUUGCCUGAGUAAAAAAUCCAGGGGGAUUGGCCAUGUCAUUAUGUGUUUGAUUAUAUUAAGGGGAAAAGAACAUCUUUAUGGUUUAUUUUGAACUAAAAAGGAAUCAGUCAGUCAUUUCUCUGCAGAAUUUUCUGAUUAUGAUAUUUGAGAAAUCAUAUUUUCAUGCUCCGUUAGGAUUCUAAUCAACCGUCUAAUAAUAAUGGAAUAAUACUUUUUUUUUUUUAAGAACCUCUAUCAAAUGUGUGAGACAAUAAAAUCAGAACUCAAACCACAAAUGCAAUUAAAAACAAUGUUGUAAAAAGUUCUGUAAUUGCAAAAAUAUAUUAUGCUAAAAUCAAUGUUUGUUCUCAAAUUCCACCAAAAAACUGCACGUGUUUAGAGUAAUUUAAAUAUUAACAGAAAAGCUGUAUUAUUGAAAGACCCACAGCGCCCUCUAGUGGACUUUACUAGCCUUUCAUCCCUUCCUUCUGAAGGGUCUCCCUCCUGUUCUGUAAAACCGUGUGUGUGUGUGUGUAUUCUGUAAGAAUAGAAAAGGAAAGAUACAUUGCAGAGAUAUGACACUAAUAAUAUUGUGUAUAUUAAGAAUGUCUGUUUAAUGGAAUUGCGCUUUGUUCCGUUUUUGUGUACAUUUGUGUUUCCAGAUAAUUAAUCUAUGGAUAUGUAUUAUUAUAAAUUUAUAUAAACUAAAUAAAUUAUUUUUUCUAUUGA